CAGCCGUUUUGUUAUUGGAUUUUUUUUGUUUAGAUUCGUAGUAAUAGUAUGGAUUUACUCGAGGCAGUCUCCGAUAAAUGCUGGCGUAGCCUACGAAAACACCCUCGCUCCCAGCGUAUCCCUUACCCUACCCCUGAGAGCACCGUCAAGAGCUCAUGGCAAAGAGGCCGUCACAAUACAGCACCAGCCAAGAUGGCGGUGGCUGAGGAUAUACUGAAAGACCCCUACUUUGCAGAUCUCGACAUUGAUUUGAGCCAAUUUUCUGAAGAGGAGAAAACGGUGAUACUUGGCGUCAUGCAAAAAGCCAAGGUAAGGAUUUGAAAUAUAUGGAAAUCUCGGAUUGUGUUAACUUUUGCGACUGUCAAUACAACAGAAUUAUCGUUCCAUGUGUUUUGUCCGCUUCGAUCAAUUGUGACUCAAAUGGAAUUAAGGGAAGAUUGGUUAAAUUAUUUCAUGACAAAGACCAUUUAUAUUUUAAUAAACCCAGUUUUCUGGAUUUAUCCAUUUUAGGUUCUUGAUCAGCAGCAAAUUGAAGAUAAAUUCAGGUAAGGCUUCACAAUUUUCAGCUUAGAUUCAACAUGCCAGCUUUUAUGGAUGCAUUAAGCUUCAUUUGUUAGCACCUUAUUUUGGCAAAGAGUUAUGCUAAAGUAUGCGUGCUUAAAUUUAAAUGAGCUGAGCUUGGAAAAGAAUCUCCGAACACACGGAUUUUAGAUUUUUAUGAACAGGUGGAGGCGUGUACAGUUGAAAAUCCUCUGUACAACCUUUAGACUCGUAGGGAGGUGUAGGGGAAGGUUUCCGGCAGCUGUGAACACAUGCGCUUACAGCUUUGUCUCUGUGCUCGUUUAAACUUUUGCUAUUCAAAACUUCUGUGUGCAUUUUGUAGAUGUAGAUUUUAUUGCAAUCCAAGAGUAUCUAAGGUAGAAGUUGACCUACUUGAUUAACUCUUUAGCAUCUAGGAGAGACCAGGAAAGAAUUUCUCCAUUCAAUCUCAAUACAAUAUUAAGCCGACAAGUGAUGACAAUAAAAAAAAAUAUCAAUUAGAGGAGUACUAGUUGAUCCAAAACUAAAUUCUCCAAACUAGCAUCUUAAGAAUUGUAUAUAUCUUGGGAGUCAAGAAAUUAAAAUCAUGAUUAAUUAUGCGAAAGACAGUAAGGAUAGUUAACAUUGAGAAUUUUGGGAUAUAAUAGAAAAUAUGAUUAUGGUUUGCUAACUUUGCCAGGAAACCAACAGAGGGACAACUUAGCAAAUGGACAAAUCUAAUGAAGGGCUGGCAGUUUAGAUGGUUCACUCUUGAUCCUGGUUCUGGGUUAUUGGAAUAUUAUGUGGUAAGAAUCAGUGCUCCAAGCUGUGACCUUUUUGGUUGCCAUGGUGACUAGGAAAAUGGAGGCUAAAUUUAAAAUACAAGUUGCCAAUUUGGUAGCCUGUGCUUGAUAGCCAUGUAGCAAGUUGUAAAAAAAGGAAAAAAAAACAAAUGACCAUAACUGGAUUUUUAUGUCAUUCAAUAACUAAAAGUGAAAAAGCAUGAAGCCCUUUCUAAUGAUAUUUCACUAUUCUCUUGCUUAUUUGCAUUUUAAUGAAAACUGUGACUGUGCAUGAUAAUUAGAGUAAUGAUGGGGGAAAAAGGGUAGAAAUUUGUGUAGCUUGGUAACACCAUCUCCCUUUCUAUCCAGGUAGAUAGAUAUGCCUUCAAUAUUCAAGCAGAUUUUAGCAUAACAUUAUAUGAUGUUUGUUUUUUUUUUACAGUUCAAUAGGGAGAAUUUAAUACUCAACAACUGAUUGGAGCACUUAGAAUUAUCUACCUCUGUUGCUGACUUAAAACAAGGCCUCUUUCACAAUGAUACUCAUCUUCUAAUUAUGCUUAAUCUGAAAAAUCCAGAAUUUUUCAUUUCUUUUUCUACUAGAAUUACUAACUGUAACCUUACUGAUGUUGUAUGGAGGUAGAAAUAGUGAAACUAGAAUCAGUGAUAUAUUUUGGUUUACUAUUUUGUAAAUAUCAGGAUAAAGAGAGGAAGAAGCUUGGACCAAGAGGAUCAGUUUAUCUUGGGGUAAGAUUCCUUUAUUGAACAUGGAGUACAAGUUUCACAAAUUAGUUGUUUCAUGAUUGCAGUUUUCACAAUUAUCAUUAUAGUUUACAUUUCACUUCUUGAUUUCACUGUUACUAGGUAGUUUAAAAUGCAACUUCCUUAUUAUGUGGCAGAUAUUCUAUCAAGGUUUCCUGUGUCUUGGAUUGAAUUUUUUCAUUUACUGUUUGUUUGUAUAUUUUUUGGUUUCUUUGAUUGUAAUAGGGAAGUGUGAUAGCUCCCAGUGAUGAGGAUUCAUUCACAUUCAGUGUUAGUGCAGCUAAUGGUGAUAUUUUUAAACUGCGAGGUAACUGUUUGUCACAUUAUUUUAAGCAUAAUCUUGUAAGUUUUUUGUAAUGCUAUCAAGAUGGAAAACAAUGGCGGACAUUAUUAUUUAGAAUACUAAUUAGUAAUACGAUGUUCAAUUAUAAUAAUUUCAUAUCUAAAUCAUUGAUUAACCUUUAACCCCCAAGAGUGAGUAACACCUAAUUUCUCCUUACAAUAUCACCCCUGAGUCAAACAUUAAGGUCUCAAGAAUUAAAGAAAUGAUCACAACUGAAGGAGCUCUUGAUUGUUAAACAAACUCUCCUUUUCAGCACCUUAGGAAAUAUGUAGGGAUCAGUAUGGAGAAUUUGCAUAAUGAUGAUAAGUUGCAAGGGGUUAAACUACCAUUUGCUAUCAAUAGCUCCAUUCUUUCUUUCAACUUAUGUUUGCUUACAGAAAAAAAAACACUGUCAAGUUCUUAUUUGAUAUGUGUGCAGUUGGUCAAAACCUUUUUGAAAUAGGAAUCAUUAUUUAAUGGUUCUUUGUUUAUUUUUUUUACUUCCUAAUGAAUUAUGAUGAAAACCCUUCUCUAAUUCUUAUUGUGUUUCUCCUGAAUUCAGCCAAUGAUGCAAAAGAAAGACAGGACUGGAUUAAUAAAUUGAGAAGUGUGGCAGAGUUUCAUACAUCAAGUAUUGCUCAGGUGCAAUUUUCAUGUUGCAAUUUGAUUUAAGUUUGAUAACUGCUCCACCCCCCUCCUCUAAUUGAUUAUUUUUUUUGUAAAACAUGAAAAUGAAAAAAAAAUUUCUCCCACUUUUCGUUGCACAAACCCUCUCAAUUGUUUCUAUCCAAACAUUUAUUGAUUUACAAUCUGCAAAAGUUGGCCUGCUAGUUUGGCCAAUCUCAAAUCCAUUUUUCGAGGUUGAUUCUAAGAGACAAAUUAAUGAAUAGAUUUGUUGAAUAGCUCUUAAAAACUUGGCACCUGUGUGAACUCUGCUAAAUCUAUGUUUCUUACCAGGCUGCCCCACCAUUAUACACCACACACAGUUUUUCUGUGUCAGCUGGACAGUCAAGUGGUCCUGUCAAGCCAAACACAACAACAGCAUCCUCAAGUGGCCAUCCUAAUGUUGCAGUGGCAGAUGAGUUGGUGUCAGACUCACCAAAAGUGACACACAAAACCUAUCAUGUACCUGAAAAGAUCAUGGAGGGAAUGUCCCACGUUAGAGAUGACCUGUACAGAAUAGAAGAUCAACAGAUGGUUUUUAUUGAUCAAUUAGAGGUUAAUGCUCUUUGCUAUGUAGUUACUAGUUAUCCUGUUUUAAAUUGAAAUAGUUUAGUUAGAUGAGCAUCACAGAUUGCUUGAAUUUCUCCUUUGAUAGGGUUAAUCAAUUGACAAUAAAAUUUUUCAGGUGUACAUUAUAGCAGCUUGUUGUCAACUUCACUGGAGAACAUAGUAAAACUCGAAACAAUUUUAAGUUAUGAACAGAGUUGAUUCUUAGUUAGUUUGGUUGUCAAGUGCAUUUUGACUGUGCUUUUGUGAGACAAAAUAAAAUUGUAUUGGCUAAUGAGGAUUCAGUAAAAAAUAUUCCAAGGGGCCAAUGAGAACUCUAAGUAUAAACAGAUGUCAAACUUCCUGGAAUGAAAGGGAAUUGGAAAGACUAAGUCACCUUUGGUUUUAGUUAUUUAUCUGAUUGGGUGGCAUGAGUUUUCCUGACCAAUCACAGAAUGAAGAGAAGCAGAACAAAAGUAAACAUAGGUUACCUUUAGUAGCUUCAGAUUUGCAAAUUUCCAUUCUCUCUCUCUCUGCUGAUUCCAUUACCCCUAUGAGUUGGAGGUAUGCUGUAGUAAACAAGGUAUUGAUUUUAGUUGGUUUUAAUAUUUUCUGCAACAAAUAGCAGAUAACUAGUUUGUAACUUUGAGAGUGAACAUCAGGUAUAAAGCAUGAAGGCUUUUGUAAAUUAUGUUCCAUACUAUUAAUAAAUCAUCUGAAUCCUGAUGAAGUGUACAACCUUCUUAUUGCAGUUGGAUCCAACAGGAGAAGAAUCACUUUUUCCUCUGGAUAAUGUAAGUGAUUAAAAUGUAAUGAAAUUACCUCUGGAUAUAAGUUUAUCAGUUCCAAUUCUAUCAGUUGUUACUUUUAGGUGAGAAUCAAUUAUUAAUAUAUUAAUUAUAAGACUUUUUGCACACUGUCUGUGCUUGGCUAGUUGCUAUAACACAGUUCUUUUACUGCAUGGUAUAUUUUGUGAAUUGCUGUCUCAAAUGUCGAAAAAUAAAACUACCAGUUUGUAGUAUUGAUUUGAUUUGUUUUUCAUUUCAGGAUGUACUGAUUUUAAAAGCAACUGCUCAGGUUAUUGUCACUGAUACUUUUUUAAAAUCCCUUUUGCAAAGAAAAGAUGUUGUAGUGCAAAUGAAAAAUUUCAGGUCAUCAUUGUUUCAAACUUGUGUGAUAAUUAUGUAUCUCCCUUAACUCUUUUAACAAAUAAAUACACAAAUCAAACCAUUUUGAUUUUAUUUUAACCUAAGAAAAAAAUUACAACAGACAAAAAACAAAAAAAUUUUGUGAUACCAUUUUUUGGGGCUAGUUUUAGUUAUUAUUUGAGACAAGGAAAGCAACCUUUACCUUCUGAAAAAACUACAAAAUACACACCAUAGUAGUUUAGAGGUAGAGAUGAAUUUGAAAGAGGUUUUAUUAAGUUGAGAGCAGAGGAGAAGAUUGAGGAUAGUGAAGGAUUUCAAAUGCCUCAAUUAAAAAAAUUCUACUAAAUUCACCCUCAUUGCAUUGAGGUCUGAUUGCUUGGUACAUACACCAGCUAUAGUAACUGUAACUGUUUGAAUUCAUGUGCUAGCACAUUGUCAAAGUGCCACAUGAAAACCCAUUUUUACAUUAUUUUUAUUAUUAUUUUUAUUAUUUUUUUGUUUUAGUCUGCUCUCAGCACGCUGCAUCACUGUUUUUCGAUCCUCCAAGGACAGGUAUUCAGUGUAUUUUCCGUGUAACGUCUGCUUCUAAUACUGGUGGAUUAUUUAAGCAGACAGUUGACAAACUUGUUAGUAAUGGUUAGUCAUUUAAUUUGUAAAGGAAGGAAUAGCAGCUAGUUGAGAGAGUUGCUAAGUAAAUCAGAUCUUGGCCGGUAAAAGCCACUGCAUUAGUAAGUGUGUUUUAAAAAAUAGUAAUACUUUGUGUAAAUAGUUCUGAGAAUUGACAUUAACAGUAUUUUGGUUCCAAUUUAAGCCUGAAAUAUAUCUACUUUACAGUUUUAUUGUGACUUAUCCUAAGAGUAGCUUUCGCAGGUGAAAAUCUAAUUACACUUUAUCAAUUAUUUUUAUCUGGAUAAUUCAUUAUUAAAAUUUCACAUGGAACUUGAUAGCCUUUCAAAGCAAAAAGUAGUUUAGGACUAAAAACCACAAUAUCUUUCCAGUUGUGUUUCUCCUUCCAACUAUGAAAACAGAAUUAACAAAAACUACCUUUGCUCUGUUUGAAAUUUUUUUUGAUCCAAAAACACAUUGCUUUGGCUAGUUCAUAAGAAUCUAGUGUUAAAAUCCUCGUGAUGUCUUUUCCAUUUCCUUGUUACUUGUCUGCGAGGCAUUGUUGUUGAAACGAGAAACUAGUGUAUAAUUCUUCAAUGAAAGCAACUCACCACUUAAGUUGAGCUUUAUAGUUCAUUUGUGUUGUUUCCUUUUACAGGCAGCCGAUGUUCAAAGUGAAACUUCAGGUACCUUUCGUUCUUUUAUUUUCGCCGAACAUUUCCACUUUUUUGCUUUUUUUUUUCCUGUCGUAAACAUUUUAAACCGUAAUGUACAUGUUAACUUUGCAACCUGCCUGGCCAGUCUAGUGUCGCCUGCAAGUUCUACUUUUUUUUUUUUUUUUUUUUUUUUCCAAGUACCGGAUUUUCAAGGUAAAAUAUCGUGCAACUGAAAACGACUUAAAGGAAUUCACCGUCGAUAUGUUUCGCUCUUUUCCAAGGGAUGUUGUUGUCUAUCUUCGUAUGUCCCAUUUUUGUUUUUAUCCAUCGAAAGUUGUGUUCCAAUCUCUUAUUUCUCUUUUUCUGUCUCAUUCUCUUUUUUUCAAACUUUGCGUUGUCACAAUGAUCUGUUUCCGUAAAGCACCGUUAAAUAAAGUGAAAUUUAUUUCCCAGUUUUUGUAUAAAUAUAUAACAACCAGGACCUGUUUUCUAGAUCACGUACGGUCUCAAGGGUUUACCCAACGACUUUUACAAAAUUACGCGUUUGACGUCCAUUGUGAUCAAACCCUUGAUUGAAUAAUGGUUGAAUUUUGACUUUGUCGACAGCUCGGCUGUGCCAUUUGCAUCUCUACCUGACAUUAUUUUAUUCCUUUAAUUGUCAUGCCAAAACAGAACUGGUGGUUUCAGUGAGAUACUGACAAAACUGUGAUAGUUUUUAAUUUGGCUUGUAGCUUCUUAAGCAAAAAGUGGUGUCAACAAAAAUGAUUUUUAACUAACGAGCUUUCCGAGAAGAAAUUUGGUAAAUUCGUGUCAAAUGUAGUUUUAAAGUUUCUGUCAGUGCUUUCUCUUACCAAGGUUAAUUUUUGGUUUAACUCACUAUUGGCUCUCUUUUAACAGAAUCACGCCGUGAGUCCAUAAUCAAAUGUUUUUAGUUUGAUGUAUUUAGAUGUACAUACGAUACAUCUAUUAUCACAUGGGCGAACGAACCACUUGACAACUCAUUUGUGUUAUUGACGUAACAAGCACUCUUUAGCAAAUUAAUAAUUCAUUGUAUAUACUGGCUGAAUUAGCUAUAUAAAUGUGUAACCACCACGACACACGCUUCUUUAUUCGGAGUUUUAUUAAACCAGACAUCAUGUCAAAGCGUCUAAUUAACUUCCACCGAUACUUGAGAGUGGCUGGCUUGGCUGUCUCAUAAACGUGGUACGUGCUGUAGUUUCCAUGUAGGCGCCGAGCAAAUUUAUGCUAAAUUUUUAACUCAUUAUGCUUUGCAGGUGAAAGUUUUAUUGUGGGAAGUCUUUAUUUUCUCCAGAAUUGUGGAUAGUGUUUUUUGUUUGUUUCAGUCUUCGUGUGUAAAUUUUGCCAAAAGCGUGGUGGAAUCUGUUUGUUUUUUUUUUGUGGUCAGUAGAACCCACUAAAUGUUACUACUGCGCGAAUUAUUGAGACGCAAAGAGCAGGCUUAUGUAGAAUAUUCUUCACAGGGAGAGUAAUUAUUUUGCUAUUGAAUGUUUGCUAUUGAAGGUUUCAAUAACAAUUUUGCAGCAAACUUAGGUUUAGCUCAACGUGGAGUAAUUUGAACUGAGAUGGAACCUUGCGAAAGAUUAUAGUACUGCGCCAUGAGAGCAGGUUGAAAUUAAAUAUAAUGCAAUGGAGUGUUGUUUUUUGCUUGUUUGCGGCUGUUUCCUCGAUUUACAUAACUUUCUGCUGAAUACAAAGCAAAAAAUUACUUAGUAGUGUUAAUUAGUAAAAUUGUUUGGCUAUUUUUCUUUCAGCAGAAGCGUUGCAGCAGGACGAAAAUACUUCCGAGUAAGUAUAGCUUUCUGUUCGGAUUUUGAGUCGAGUUUUCAUCCCUAGUGUUAAAAAAAAUAUUCAUUAAUUCCUCCUCAAUUUUCGCUGUCCAAGCGCUGUGAAAACGAACUUGUUGCAUCCCUCAAAUAUUUAUUUUCAUAAGAAAUAGAUCAGCUAAACAAAUUUCUCGCCAGUGAUAUUCUUGCGUUUUAACUUUUCACUUAAAAUAAUUAGGCAGCAAAUGCUUCGCUGUGUUUACGAUAUUCUAUUGUCAACAUGCUUUUCAUUUAACAGACGUUGUACUUAUCAAACCCAGGCCUGGUCACAAUUUACAUUUAGCAGAUCCCGCAUUUAUCAGAUACUAUCUUUAUCAACCAUCGUUACAUUUGUUCUGUCAUUACUCUGUUACAUUUUUUUAAUUAACGUCUUAUUAAUCGGGGUUUCCUUGAAUAUCCUAUAUUUCUUGACGCAACCGCGGUUUGUUUCGUCAGGUUUGCGGGAAAAAAGCGGAAGUGAUGGAUCGAGCUUGAAACCUGCUUUCUAAAGAAGUGUUAUUUUUAUGUCUUGACGAAUGACACUCGCGCAACCUGCUACUCUGAGAAUGAAAGCACUUGUUUUGAAACAUCAAGUCUAAGUACAAAGCAUUUUUUCUGUGGCAAUUUUCCAAACUAUUCGCUUCAACUUUGCAGGCAAAUUUCGUCGUCUUCCAUAUAAUUAUUUAACCGCAUGGUCAAAAUGUCUAUCCAUUGAGCCAAAUGAGUUUUUUACUUCAAAUUUAAGAGUGACCUGUCGAAAACAGCUAUUUUAAUCAUUGGCUUGUAUUAAAUUUUCUCGAAAAAUAAUGACUUAAGACCAACUAUUGUUUGGAGGCGUUGAUGUUUUGACAGAUCUGACUAUCUUGUUCAACGAAAGUCAAAUUUGAGAAAAUUAUUGCUGAAAGUCCUCAAGUAUGCUACAACAAGGGAACAUGAGAUUAGCUUAUUUUCUCUAGGCCAAAAGAAAGUACACGGUGUGUUUUCAUGAAGGCAGCUUUGAAGCUCACUUUAUUUCGAUGGAGAGAGCACUUGUUUCUGCAGCUCAAGACUGACUGGUACAAUUAACAGUAUAUAACCACCUAAGCCUCCAUUCUCAGAUACCAAGUUCUUUCAGACGAGUCCUGCUUGGUAAGGAUUGAGUUAAUUCAAACCCAGUCAAUAAAUUUUUCUUAAUCAACUUCAAGUUUAAUUAAUCGACGUGAUUAACAAUACAACAUUUAAAGCGUGUGAUUCCGUGUGCUUUGGGUUUUCAUAUGCAGGUGUAUAGGUAUUAGUCAUCAUAAAACAAUUAUAAAUGAAAACGUGUUAUCUUAAAACCGUGCAGUAAAACCUUCAUAAAGUUAAGAAAUGAUAAAAUUGACUUUUUUACCCCUUUUUCAGUUAAAACAAGCACUUUUUACGUAGCAAGGAAUCAAACAUACGUUUUCUGAAUUAGUGAUUCCGUUCUUUUUGUCCUUUUUAAAAUUCUCCAAAUCUCCUUCAUCAUAGUAACUUUAAACAAUAUAUUUUGUCGUGUUCAUUAAAAAAAUAAAAUUAUAUAAACGUAUAAAAUAUGGAAGAAACAGUAUUCGAAUUUUAUACGUGCUCAUGUAAAUAUUAUUUAGACUUAAACACAUGCUUUACUUGAGCUAAAUGAUUUAACUCAGGUUUCAACGAACUCAGGGUCAGAUCAGCGACAACGCUAUGAGUCGACGACGUCAUUUGAGGUAAUGAAUAAAAAUGCGCAUGUCAUUUAAACAUAGGUGUAACCUCUUACUUGUUUGCGACUUUCUUCGUCAUUUUUUUCCGAGGGAGCAAUCGACGUUUCGUUAAUCUUCGCAAAGCUUAUCCGAAUAUUUUGCGAAUGAAAAGGUCCUUUGAAAUUGAUGCACCUCUACACUACCCGCUGCUUUUAGAGGAGACCAUUUUUUUCCCGGAACCGCGUUGUCAACCUCUCUAAGCAGAAGUACACGAAGUGCGCUGUAUUUGGACGAAACUCUCGUAGAUUUUCCUUCUUUUACCAAGAUAAUGUAUAAUCAUGUUUGAAAGCGUAAAGAUGUGGCUUGUAAAAAGACGUGGUUUUUUUAAAUUGACCAUGACUAAUUUUAUACAUACACUGAACAACUUCCCUCGGCAAUGUCUCAUUUGAGCAUAUUCGUUCAUCUCCGACCGAUUGAGCGAUAUUGAGCCCGCAAUUUUCUUUUACGAUUGUGUUGCCAAGCAACGCUUCCCAUCUGUGAAGCCCGUCGACCACGUAUUCAGUGUUAUAGAGUUCUAAGAUCGGUCAUGAUAUCCAGAAGUGAAAACUGGGGCGAAACGAAACGAAAACAUUGCGGACGAUUGAGGAAAACGAUGAUUGUUCCCUCGGAAACUGUAACUUAUGAUAAAGCUGAUGAAAUCAGUUAAGGAAUUAUUGUUAUUGUAACCUCAAAAACCCAGAUUUUUUCAUCAAUAAAGCCAGUUAUACUCAGCAAUUUUGUAAGAUCUGAACAAGGGAAAGAAACCAAGGUUUGCAGUGUUGUUUUGUGCUACCGAGAAUUUUGAAUUGUGACUGCUUGACAACUAAUACUUUAAAGUUUUAAAUCAAAGCUUUCUGGCUUAGUGCGAUUAACAUAUUUGUUCUCAAAGACGGGUAAAAACUCUCUCAGCCCUAAAUGUAACAGUUUUGCUGGGAAGAUUUGACGACAGAGUGUUUUGAAAUUGCGAAAAAAUGAUUGCCAGCAGUAUUCCUCGGCAAACCAAUGAAAAUGUAACAAGAUCACAGUAGCAAUAAAUUUUUUAUGUACUCUUGGUAUUGACGUAACAGUCUCUGUUUUGAGAGAUGUAAUCACAGACAUUUUCUUCUGUUGAAGUGACCUGCGUCCAAUUAUCUCCUGUGAUUUGAGAGAUCUAAUAUAUCGUUAUUGAAUGAAUAUGAAUGCCAUUCCGCUCCAAGAUAAUGAAAUCCGAGUCCAAAAGUUCUGUUUUCAUUAAUGAUUAAGCAAACGAUAAGAAGGCGGAAAAUACAGUUUUUUCUAUGUUCGCGUUGUAGAAGAACAACAAUUUGAUAUGAAUAAAUAAUAACCAAACUUCAACAUUCGACAAUACGCGAUGAAUUCUUCAAAUCCGGCUCUAGAAAAAUCGACAGACACAAAGAACGUCUACCAGGGGAAUAUUUCUCGACUGAUUUCGACAAAGCAGUGUUUGUAAGUAAUUUUCGUGUGGGAGAUUAGGCACUAGAUAAAUUCUAUAUCAAAUGGCUUCGUUUAGCUCUGAUUUAAGGAGAGAAGUGUUGCCUUUGCUAUGGCCUAUGUUACACCACAACAGGUCGGGAUUAAACAUUGUUUUCAUUAGAUUAGUGUCAUAUAUAUUUUUCACGUCGCUUUUUUUAAAUUAAAGCUUCAAGACUCAUGGGGAUAAAACCGGCGGAGAGAGUAGGUCGUUUGGCUUCCACAGAAAUGUUGGGACUCCAAAAUCGCAAAGAAAGGACGGCAAAACAUCUGAUAUUACCACGGAUAGCUCAGGUGUAACGUGUUGCGAGAAAGCCAGGGCCGAGAUGAAAUACAUUGACGGUGAGUAAAAAUUUUUCUGAAUUUUAAAUGUGACCCGAAAACUUUACGUAUUCUGUCUCAAUUUUUUUUUUCAAACUUAGAAUUUAAAACAGAAACACCUGUCGGUUUACGUCGUAAAUGUUGAAUUUCAAAAAUUUAGGGCUAUGUUUCGCGCAAUUUAAUUAUAAGCGAGUACUAUCUUGUCCUGAAUUCUGGAACCUUCUCUUUUCUGACGAUCCUCGACACCCAUGCUGUUUCAAUUUACUUUCUCUCUUUUGAUGACUGCAAGAACCAUGCUGUUCCAAUUUACAAAAUAUAGUUAACAAUUCUUAUGAAACCUAUUUUUUCGGCUUGAAGUCUGUGGAACACUCUGUGUAGAUGAGGGUUGUUGGAAGCUUUUCCAUUGUGAAUGAAAGUAAAUGAAUGAUUUUGUCGUAAGCUCGUUACAAAAUUUAGACACCCUUCCAUAUGCGACCAAAGAGUUCAAAAGUUAUCAUCUUUCCGCACAGGGUGAUUCACUGAUUUCUGUCACAAGUGAGCCUUAUUAUGGGCUAGCUCACCAUAGGGCUUUUAUGUAGCUCAAUGGAAGAAUAUCGCAUUACCGCGAAAUCGGAUGUCUUGGGUUCAAUUCCUUUAAGGGGGACUUUUUUUUUCGUUCCACGCUCGUGUCUAAACGAAUCAUUACUUUCUUUAUUUGACCACUAAACUUGUUUUGUUUCCUGAAAUAAAUAUAAUGCAUUCGGCAUUUUUGCUGUAAGGAUUUGAGAACAGCAUUGUAGACCAGACCGAGCUUAGUGUACCACGAUUGCCGCGAAAUCAUUGCAUUUGAUUACUUUGACGAGCAGUCAUAAAAAUAAUGAGAUAACCAUGUGUAAGUUUUUCUUAUUCCAUUGCCAGUUUGCCCAGACCAUUUUUUCCCUGCGUGCUGACCAUUCGGUCACCGCGACCAAGAUGACUAACAUCCAAAAUCACGCAUUAAGGUCACGAGAAUUAAUGAAAUGAUCAUUAACCUAAGAAACCUUUCAGAUUGUUAUAUACAUUCUCCCCGUCAGUACCUUUGAGAAUGUUAAGAGAACAUUAUGGAGAAUAUGCAUACUGAUGGAGGGUGUAAAGACUUACUUAUUAUUUUUGGCGUUGUAGCUCGUAGAGAGGAAGAGGAAACUGACGACGAGGCCUAUUGUACUGGAGAAGAACCUGAAAACCAGUCGGUUGAGGAACAUAAAAGUGUUAUACUACAUCUUGUCUCUCAGCUCAAGCUAGGAAUGGACUUGACUAAGGUACCUUGUGGAGUUCUCGAGAUGUGCACAGGACUGAAAUCAGUGGAGACAUCGAAUUCGAGUACUCGGUAACGAGUACAAGAUUUGAACUCAAGUUUUCAGCAUAUAGUUAUUGUUAUUGUUUACGAAAGUAAUUAAGCCCUUUCUUGAUUGAAGAAAUGUAAAACUUUUAACGUCAAUAGUUUUGGAAAACGUUAAAUUUAUAGCAAAAAUAAGAAAAUGUUUACACCCAGCCCCAUCGUGUUCCAUUGUUUCUAAAAUUUGCAUUGAAUGGACCCUGUUUUAACAGUGGUCAUUUCUACUGUGUUUUUUUUAAGGUUGUUUUACCAACAUUUAUUCUUGAGCCGCGUUCCUUGUUGGAAAUGUAUGCAGACUUCUUUGCCCAUCCUGAUUUGUUUAUUAAGUAAGUAUCAUUACUUUAAGUGCAUGGACACCACGUGCAUGGUCUGAGGUUGUCAUGUGCAAGUCACAUGCAUAAGUUUAUGUCCAUUAUUUUUUCAGUAAAUUGAAAUUUCGUGCCUUUUGUUGACUGUAACCCUAACUCGAAUAUUUUCAAUUUCAUAUCGUCUUUUUUUUAGAAUUCCUGACGGUCUCACGGCAGAAGAUAGGAUUUUAUCUGUUUUAGAAUUCUACUUAACUUCCUUCCAUGCGGGAAGAAAGGUGAGACAUUCAACAAGUUAUCGUAUAUUUCUUAGUCCGUUCCUUCGUUUGUCUUCGUUUUUGUAGUCAUUAUUGUAAUUCGUUAAAAUAUCUCUACAUUUCUUUUUCUACGUUUAGGGUUCUCUAGCCAAGAAACCCUACAAUCCCAUAUUAGGAGAGACAUUUCACUGUUCUUGGAAAGUGCCAAGUUUGUCUAGCGGGAAACAAGCUUCCACAAACAGUCAUAUUGAUCACUCUUCAACGGCCUCUGAUGAAGGAAAAGUUUCGUUUGUUGCAGAACAGCUUUCCCAUCAUCCUCCGAGUGAGUAAUUUAAACAGGUUCAGCAAUAGUGAAAAUAUCAUUGUGCUUAUAAACGUCGCAGAAGAGCUGUAGCGUUAUUUGAAUUCUUCUAGGAGUACAGAACAAAAUAUCGGUGCACCAUCUCGAUUCCGUCACCUCAUAAGAUCGACACCGUAAGAAUUUUAAUUCAUUGUGGUCUGUUGUCACUCUAACAGUUUCCGGGUUUUACGCUGAAUGUCCAAGCAAGAAGCUGUGUUUUAAUGCUCAUAUUUGGACGAAGUCGAAGUUUUAUGGAAUGUCUAUAGGUGUAGUGAAUCAAGGAGUAGGUAAGGAUUGAUCGAUAUUUGUCUUCUCCUUACAGUAUCGGUACGGUGCUAAGCUCUAAAGGAAAGAGAAUGAAGUUGUCCUGAUAUUUGUCAGUUUUCAUGUGAAUUUAUGCUUCUCCCUCCAUUUUAGCUAUGUACUGUGACAAAAAAUCGUUUUAGUUUUCCAUCGCCGUAGAAUGUUUGCUCUUUCCACUCCUUUUGGCAUUGUUAAACUAUUCCAUAAUUUCAGUGAUUUAGGAAUGGUAAUCAAGAAUAUCGUACACUCAAGUUUUUUUUGAAGUUCCUACCUCGUUUGUUUCAAAUGUACAAAUACAUGGGACAACAUUGUCUACUUUUUUUUAAAUACUCUUUCUCCGAUAUCUGUUCGAACUCAGGCUCUAGUCGUUUUGGGAAUCUGACUCCAAAAAUUCCAUUUUAAACAAUAUUUCAGUGUGACACUUUACUCGUCAACUCACGUUGUACGUUUGUCGCCUCUCUUCAGGUGUAAUUACCUUGUUAGAGCACAACGAAGAUUAUGUUAUAACGUUUCCUAGCACGUAUUGCAGGUGAGAGUUGUACUUUGGAUGGCUAUGUUUUCAAUCGAGUGUAGGUGAAAUUCAGGCAGUUACAAAGGGUACUAAACAAUAACAGUCAUUCUGAUUUUGUUCUUAAUAAAGUGAUAUUCAAAAAAAUUAAACGUCAAUGAAUUUGAACAGGAGCUCAAAGAUUUUGAGGGAAAAGUCACUAUUUACUAAAGUCAUCUUUGAAUGGCGGUUUUGCGUAAGGUUUUAGACCAACCAUAGUCAGGGGAACUCCAACUGUGAUAACUAGGAUAUUUCGGGAUACUUCUGGCACAAUCUAAAACCUCUCUUUUAAAAGCUUAUUGUCACUUCACUAAAUCGUUACCUGGGUGUAUUUUGAUCAACGAUUUUAAUUCUAUUACCUAAUUUAAACUGAUCACUUAUAUCAACAAUAUUUGAGAGAACUGAUGAAUUGUUCAAAGCCCUUUCUUCGACAAUUAUUGAAAGCGUAAACCAUCCUUUUGUUGAAAUGUCUGGAGCUUUUACUUAUCUUCUGCAAUCAGUUUAAAAAUGAUAUUUCAGGAAUCCUGAAUCUCCUGCACCCCAUAAACGCCCAGGCACGUGCUUAAAAAUUUCAACCCAAUUUCAGGUCAAUUUUAACCUUUCCCUGGGUGGAGUUAGGUGGAAAAGUGAACAUCACGUGCGCCAAGACCGGUUACAACGCGUCUGUGACGUUUCACACCAAGCCUUUUUAUGGCGGGAAACUUCAUCGAGUCACUGGCGAAGUGAAAAACACGUCAUCUGGAAAAGUUAUCUGUAAAGUGAAUGGCGAGUGGAAUGGCCAGAUAGAAAUGACCUUCACCAGUCAUCAGGUUUGUGUGAUUAAGCCCCCAAGGGAGUUUGGGUAUUCGGGUUUCACGGAUCUUUUUUAGUAAGGUAUACGGUAUUUUAUGUCAAUACGGGAGUACCUUUCUCGUUUUGCAAGUAACUUUUUUAUACAACUUUGAAUCUUGGGAGAAAAAUUGGAUUUAUCAGUAUCCCAUUGGCUCUGGAUAAAAUUGUUUGGUUUUUUGUCCACACAGGAAGAACCAAAGAUUAUCGACACAGAGGCACUUCAGGUUUAUCGAAAGCGUAUCUGUCCUCAGUCAAAACAAGAGGAGUUUGAGUCUCGCCGGUUAUGGCACAGAGUCACGCAUGCGCUGAAGACUGAUGACAUCGAUUCGGCAACGUCAGCGAAACACGAGGUAAGCAUAAAAUCAUUGUCUGCGAAAUGAGGAACUCAGCAUGCAGAAAUCUUAGGAUAACAGAUUUUCGUAAGCUGUUAAAACGCUCACUACUUACGAAAAUCUGCUGCUAAUGCUCUUUAGAAUAGAGGGUGACAUCAACUAAAGGCCCGUGAUUUACCAAAUGGAAUGAUGUGAAACUAUUUAUUGCCCACGUUUUUUUUUUCUUAUAAAUGAUGAGUACUUCUAUAUUUUUGGGAAGUACACUCUACCACCGUGUCGUAAAACGUUUAUUAAUCUUAAAGCAGGCACCAGAUGACUUUGUACAAUUUUGCUUUUAGCUUGAAGAAAGACAAAGAAAGGAGGCACGAGAAAGGAAAGAGACUGGUGUCGAGUGGAAAACAAAAGUAAGUCGUCGCCCCUAAAAGUAUGAGGUACUGAGGUGUGGUUACUGUUUAUAAAAUUUGGUUUAAAUUAGAAAAAAAAAAAUGAUAGAAACACCUCUCGUUUGAGGUAAACAUGCUUUACUCCAGACAAACAAUCGUCUGAAAAUAGGCCCAUUUUUACACCGGCAUUUCUCAGAUGAUAUAAGUUGCACUGACUUGAAAUCUCUAGUACUUAUAUGAUGAUGUGUUUUCUUAAGAAAGUGAAUGGUAAUUCUUGGUGCCAUUAUCGAGAAAGGUGUUUUUGUCGAGGAUAGGGAAUUUCUACCCUACGGCGUAACUAGACUGAUACACUCAUAUAGUGAAUUUCGUCAGAUUUACGUGGAAAGUUUCUAGUCAUUCUGUCAAUUCCUAAAUCGUGUCCACUGUGUCAGUUAAUCUCUUGUAAGGAGUUGGGAUAACUACUUCAAAAAAGAUAAUUCGAGUUAAAAUUGACUUCCAGUUUUGAUAGGAGCGAGAGCCUGAGCCAGAUUUUGUGUGUUUCUUCUGUUUCAGUUAUUUCAUCGCCAUGGUGAUGGUUGGAUGUAUAACCAUCACAUGAAAACUUUACUCAAAUCCAGUUCAGAAGAGGCGUCUUCGACUUCAACUCAACCAACAGAGCAAUGAGAAAUACAUUGCAAAGUCAAUGGAAAAAGUGACCAGCAACUACCGCAUCAGUUUUAGGAUAGCAUCCUUCUUAGCGAGGAAAACAAGGAAGUUACCACUCCCUUCAUCUGUGGAAUAUGAUUUAUUUCCCGCCUAUUACUGAUUAGUUGAUUUUAUCCAGCGGAUGACAUAUCUGAAAGAAUAACGAGUUCAUGUCUUCUGGAAGAGUUGGAAACCAUUCUGUUCCUACUGGGAAGUGGAGGAUGCCUUUAGACAGUAAUAAAAAAGUGACAAACGUGAUAGAGAUAGAUAUGUUUGUACAUCACGCGACUAUUUACUUUUAUUUAAUUGAAAAAAAUAACUUAUUAGGUGAAUUUUUUCAUGAUCGUGAUAACGAGUUCUGGGACGUUUGCGAUUGAGUGGUUGGGCAACCGAUCAGAAAAGCGUGCUUGAAAUGUAUUCCUAGAGGCUGCCUGGAGUAAUAUCAUCUGUCUCACACUGCAGUCUUACGAUCGACUGGGUGCGUGUCACCUUUUAAUUUGGUGGUAUUCAACACCUGUAAUUGGCGCAUGUGAUUCCUUUGCGAUCACAUCGCGUCCAAUCCUCGGUCUCGAUCCACAUCGGAAGUGACCAAAUCGUUAGACAAGUGAUAACGAUUCAUUAAGAGAGUAAUAACUGUUAUCUUUUGUACGAUACUUAUCUUUUGUUUAUGACGAUUUCGACAAUAUCUUUGUAAAAGUAACCCCCCUCCCCAUGGGUUAUUACGAUCAUUAAAAUGAGCGAGCCUAACUGAACGUAAACAAGUAUAUUUUUCAAACGCAGAAUCGAGUCCUAUCAGAAUUUGUCACUAGGUAGGAGAACAGAUAGAAUGAAACCUAAUGGUUUGACGAAAUUCUGCUGAAGUAAGUGGAAUUUUUAUAGUUAAUGCAUGAAAUGGAGUAUAGUCCAUUAAAAAUAGCGGAAUAUUAAAAUUGUCAGUUUUAGUG